CCCCUCUUCUUCUUCUCCUUUUCUCUUUCUUCUUAGCACGCCAGCCUCAACUUGACUGUUCCAAUACACAUACAAGCAUCAACUUGCUGCUUCUGACUACUUCUUUACAAUAUCUCAUCUACGACGAGUAGUCAAAAAUGGCAGACAAUGUUGAGAACUCCGCCGAGGCAGGCAACAAACAAAUGACUGAUAUUGCCUUCAUGGCCGAAUGCUUCAAGUAUCUCCAGGGACCCUUCAAUGUGGAUCUGCCUGCUAUGGCGGAGAAGUUAGGGUACAAGAACCCUGCAUCGGUUGGGAAUCGUCUACGCGCGAUCAAAAAGAAAUGGGGUAUUGGCGUCCCCGAGGGCGCGGAAACCGGCACGGACCCUUCACCAGCUACUACUCCCAAGACUCCUCGUAAGGGAGCCAAGGCAGCCCGUGGGCCGAUCAAGGCCAAACCUGAAGCUGAUGGGGAAGAUUCGAAGGCGGCUGGAAGCCCUGCUAAACGUGGCAGAAAGCCCGCAGCAAAUGGUGGACGGAAGCGCAAAGCUUCCGAAACCAACAAGGAAAACGAGGAGCCAAAGACUGAGAAUGAGACAGCUACUGAGGCUCCCGAAACUACGAAGGAAGCUGAGGAAGAGGCUGCGUAAGAAUUUGAUGUCUAAGUGGUACUGCAUUGACGUCAGGGUAUGACUUCCCCCUUCCUGCUUAUAUUCAACCUCACUAAAUUUAUCCUAGAUCUUCUCGACUCACGCUCUGUCAGUCUCCUUCAAUGCGAGCCCAUCGGCAUCAAAAUUUAAUACUCAAUUUCUAUUUCCUACUUUUUUUUAUGGACUAUCUCAUCCGAGGAACUUGCUAUCACGGAGAUUGUUAAUACCUCUUGCUCUCUAUGAGCAGCUCUACUCUGUGACGCUUGGUUUUAUACCACGCGCAAGUUCUUCUCCCAUUUCCUUGGACAGUGGAUAUGAUUAAAUUGGGACUUCUACUUCGGGCCAGGAUAUCCGGUUGGGUCUAGUCUACAUAGCACAACUACAAUUGAAGUGACCAUUACUCUUUCUUUUCAUUAUUCUUUAUUUUUCUUCAUCUAUUGAGUAGUCCAAUUACGCAAAUCCUGAUACCCCAUAGAGAUUUGGUUGCUAGUUACGCUUACACAGUUGCUGCGUAGCGCGUCUACGUUUCUUUCAUUCCUGGCCCUAACGCGCCUCAUUGUUGUUGUUGUUGUUGUUGUU